CACACACACACACAGAGAGAGAGAGAGAGAGAGAGAGAGAGAGAGAGAGAGAGAGAGAGAGAGAGAGAGAGAGAGAGAGAGAGAGAGAGAGACGGGGGUUGAAGAAAACGGCAGAUCUGACAGGGAAUGUGGAAAAAUGAACGCGGGAAAGAAGAGCCCCCAUAGUUCCUCUUGCACCAGCAAGGAGCCCAGUAGCCACACAGAGAGCGGCGGGGCAUAUAUAAAGGAGUCGAACAUCUGCUAUGGCUAUGCGAAGCUUCAAGGCAAGAGGGCAGUUAUGGAAGACUGCCACGAGGCGAAGUCAUGGGUAAUACCUGAGCAGAAUAAUCAGCGGGUGGUCUUCUUUGGUGUCUUUGAUGGGCAUGGAGGCCGCAAAGCAGCAGACUAUGUGCAGAAACACCUCGUGAAUAAUCUGAAGGACCAUCCCAAGCUGCUGACCGACACCAAGUCGGCAAUCCGUGAGGUGUAUUUGCAGACUGAUGAAGCAUACAUCAAUAUGGAAGACAAUGGCCAGAGCAGAGACGCUGGUUCAACAGCAUCCACUGCUGUACUCGUGGGGAAAAGGCUCGUUGUGGCCAAUGUUGGUGAUUCCAGAGUGGUCUUGUGCAGGAAAGGAAAAGCGCAUCCCCUCUCGACGGACCAUAAGCCCAGCAAGCUGGAGGAACAGAAGCGUAUUAAGGAUGCUGGCGGUGUCAUCAUGUGGGCGGGUACAUGGAGAGUUGGCGGAGUGCUGGCUGUAACCCGUGCUUUUGGUGACAAGAUGCUUAAGCCGUAUGUGUCUGCAGAGCCGGAGAUUGUGGACGAGAUUGUGUAUCCAUCCGAUGAGUUUCUUGUCCUUGCAAGCGAUGGCCUCUGGGAUGUUGUCAGUAACGACGAGGCUGUGGUGAUGGUGCAAAAGUUUCCAAAAGACAAGCCGGAGGAAGCGGCGAAGAGCCUGACAGAUGAGGCAUAUAAGCGUGGGAGUGCGGACAACAUCACUUGCAUUGUUGUGCGCUUCUUGCAUGACCCUAAAAGUUAAAUCCGAACUACGCUUGUGCGGUCGAGUCUGCGUGAGAUACCUAUUCUUACGUAAAUGCCACAUAUAUUUGGGGAAUUGGGGGGGGGGGGGGGGGGGGGGGGGGGGGGGGGGGGGGGAGGGGUUAGGAAGGGGGGAGGGGAAUUGUGGGAGUGGUGUGGUCAUGGAACUGGAUUGACCUUGUUCAUUUGGGGCGGACAAGGGGGCUGUAUUCUUUUGCCUUGUGCAUGGUGGUUGGAUUGUUAGUGGGAAGUCGAUUAGAUAUGUUGUGCGACUGAUGGCAUCCAUAUCCCUCUUUAGCUUGCAUCGUAUAUGGUCUGAUGCGGUGCUCAUUCGGAGCGUAUACAUACAUUGCAAAGAAGUUUGUCCUUUGUAUUGGGGUCAAGUGUGAACAACCUGCCAGUCUCUUGUGGGAGACUCGAGCACAGCGAUCGUUUUCAUGACGCCUGAGCGCCAGGUCUCCUGUGAACGCCAGUGCCAGUACGGAACUCCUGGGAACAGGGUCCGGGAGCCUCCCUUGUGUUUGGUCCCCAUCCCACUUGUAAUGACGUCGUAAUUUUCCCUGCUCUGAAUGUGUGUCAUCUUGACUGGGAGGUGUGGCAUUGUUGAUAAUUCUCUUUACGGGUGGCAUGAGAGUGGUUGGAUCAUAUCGAAACGAUCUGCACCUAACGAGUUGGGGAAUCAUAUCAUUGAUGAUUGUCAGAGCUUCGGCCGCAGCUGAUGUUCUGUUGAAUGAUUUCUAGUACUGGAACUGUUUGCUUUUCCUAGUGAACUGCUGCUGACUACGCCUGCUUGGUGCUAAUAUGCGAGUAGCCAUGGGGACCUUUUUCUUUGGUUAUAUUAUGCAUGGGAGGUGCAAGAGGGCAUCUUGAAUCUUGGGCAUGGGGUUGCAUUUGCUAGGUUUGACGUUUGACGAAACCCUUGGGGCCAUUUCCUAAGUCUCACUUUCUCUCUCUUGGCUGGUUGGAUAGAUGGUGGAACAAAACGACGGGGCGGAG